AUGCAUCCGAAAGAGCCCCCCAGACCACACCCGCUGCUGGAAGCCCGGGAGGAAAUUGCUGCGGAAACGCCGGCCGCCAUUCUCGGCAACGCCAUGGCUCUUAUCCAUGCCGCCCUACCCUCGGGAGUCUGCCUCUGGGCCUACGACUUGCGCGGCACCUACUGGACAUACGCGCUUUGUAGCGGGGACAAAAUCAUCCAGUACCACGAAGGCGCGCCGCCACAUGAGCGUGGCCUGCGGCACGUGCCGCUGCAUCCCAGCACUGUGUUCGUAUUGGGCCGCUUCAGCGACGCGUCCACGGCCGAGGUGCGGUUCCACAACCAAGCGCCUGCAGCCGAGUUCCGGGCGUACGAAAAGGCUGCUGGGCGGGCCGCGGUGCUCGUGGACGAGAAGGCCGCGCCGUACUCGCACCAGCGGGUGCAAAAGGCCGUGCUGCAGACCGUGACGGGCGGCUCUGUGUGCGACAUGACGCUCCAGCCACGCACGGCCGAAGUCGUGUACCGGUGCGCCGAAAACGGCGGCCCGGACGCGGCCAUCCUUGACGUGUUCGAGAUCAAGACGUGCCACUACAAGAUGCUCGUGCACGUGCCGGGCUUGUGUGAGUACGCGCCGUUCUCGCCGCACAAGAACACUUUGGACGCGGCCCUCGACGUCCCGUGCCAGCGCGUGCGGGACCCCCGGGAAGCACAGGUGCAGAGGUAUGCGACGUUCGACGAGUACAGGUACAACAUCGAGCUUCGAGAGCACGUGCCCUUCCCCGUGCGUGCCGACAAUAGGCUCGACAUUGCAGACCACUUCCUCGCGCCUGUGGGCCGCGGCUUCUACUUUGCCCACAGCCGGCGCGAGCUCGGCACGCCUAGCUCGUACUUCAACGAGCGCAAUGUGGUACUCUUCAGCGGAUGGUGCCUGUCCUUGACGGACUUGAACGCGCAGUUUGCCAAGGUCAUCUUCCGGGCUGUGGGCUCGUCGCUUUUGGCCCCUAGUCCGCCCGAACUGGACGCCAAGACGCUUGAGUGGCUGCACUCGUUCGUCUUAUGGUACGAAAUCUACGACUACAAGGGCGACUUGCUUGCGGUGACGCGCCUCGAGCACGACGCGUCUGAGGACACUGCUACGCUCAAGGCCCAACUCCUCGAUCCCGUCACGCUUCUAGAUGUCGAGGGCGACAUGCCUCGCAUGUCAAGCUUUGAGCGGCCGGAUUUCGAGGCGCCGUAUGACGCAUGGAACUUCGAGCUCUUCUCUGAGAAAAAG